AUGUCUUACAGCAAGCCUUGCGAGCCGUGCGUGCCUAACAAGUACGUCAGCAACUUCGCUCCCACGCCGAAGCUGAACAAGCCGUGCGCACCGUGCCACGCGCCCUGCCCCGCGCCCGCCCUCUGCCCGCGUCCGUGCCCGCCUCGUACCACCGUGCGCUGCUGCACCCCGGGACCCGAGCCGUGCCACGAUUCUGGCCACGGAUUUUCAUCCCUGGCACCCUUCAUCCACGGCGGGGGCUUCUACACGGCGGGCGCCGCGCACGGCUCGAAGCCGUCGUGCUCCUCGUACGUGCCGUUCACGAGCGCGCCCUGCGGCCCAGCGCCCUGCGGUCCCGUCCACCACACGGACUUCCACGCGCCGUGCGGACCGGCUCCCUGCGCGCCGAAGCCCAAGUGCACCAAGGCCGUGCCCGUGUGCCCGCGGCCCUGCCCGCCCCCCGUGUGCCCCACGCCAUGCCCGCGCCCGUCCGCGUGCAUCCCGCGCAUCAGCAUGGAGCCGCUGUGCCCCGCGCCCUGCGUGCAGAUCGACCGCAGCGGGCAGAACGUGCGCUGCCAGGAGAAGAACGCCAUCAGCCACCUGAACGACCGCUUCGCCAGCUUUAUCGAUAAGGUGCGCUACCUGGAGCAGGAGAACAAGGUCCUGGAGGCGCAGUGGGGCUGCCUGCAGGCGCGCGUCUGCACCUCCGACCUGGACUCGAUGUUCGAGACGUACGCACAAGCCAUCAAGAGGCAGCUCGACUGCGUGCUGGCCGAUCGCCCAAGGCUCGAGACGGAGCUCCACCAGACGCGGGCGCUCGCCGAUGAGCACAAGCUCAAGUACGAGGCGGAGGUGACGGGGCGCGAGGCGGCGGAGGCGAACUUCGUGGCCAUUAAGCGGGAGGCUGACGACAACUACAUGGGCAAGGUGCAGAUGGAGACACGCGUGGGGCAGCUCAGCGAUGAGCUCCACUUCAUCAAGGAGCUCUUCGCCUGCGAGAUGCAAGAGAUGGAGGAGAGGAUCCGCGACAUGAACGUGACCAUCGACCUGGACACGGGCUGCAACUUCGACCUGAGCUCGCUCAUCGCCGAGGUCCGCGCCAACUACGAGAUGGUGGCCGCACGCAGCCGCGAGGAGGUCGAGUGUUGGUACAAGAGCAAGAUGGACGACAUGGCCGAGGCGUCCGAGCGGCACUGCAUUGAGCUGCGCUGCACCAAGAACGAGAUCCUGGAGCUCUCCUCCAUGGUGCAGAGGCUCGCGUGCGAGAUCGACGGCCUCAAGACCCAGCGUUGCCAGCUGGAGAGCUCCAUCCAGGAGGCGGAGCACCACGGGGAGAUGAACGCUCACGAGGCCCGUGACGCGACCGCGCGCGUCGAGACGGAGCUGUCGCAGGCGAAGGCCGACAUGGCGAGGCACGUGCGCGACUACCAGGAGCUCAUGAACGUGAAGCUCGCCCUCGACAUCGAGAUCGCCACCUACCGGAAGCUGCUGGAGGGCGAGGAGAGCAGACUGCACUGCGUGCCAGACCGCUGUGGGCAGCCUUGCAUGCCCUGUGACCCAUGCGGCCCCUCCCGCCGCUGCCUGUGAAGGGUGACCUCUCA